UUUCCCGCCCUUUUUUGAAGUCUCGUGGUUUUUGCUGCUCUUCGAUAUGUACCAAGUGCCGAAAGUGCAACUGUACUUUACGAAACGCACGUGGUGUAUUACAUUGUCUUAUCAUUGAUAAUAGUAUGAAUUAAUGUAUGUUCAGUGUAAAGGGUGUAAUGUGAAAGGAAUAAACUUGUCAUAAUCGACAAUGGCGGAUGAAGACAGCGAGACGUCGGACGAGAGUUUGGACGCGAAAAGCGAGAAAUUCGAUCCGCUGAAAGCAUUGUAUUCGCCCAAAAUGCGAUUGAUAUCCUCCGCACCGACGUACGACAACAUUGCCAAAUUCGAAUCCAUUCUGAAGGGCGUUAAAGGGCCGACAAAAAGUGACAAAUCGGAUGCACCAGAAUCCUCGAGAAGGAGAUUUUUACCGCAUCAAGAACCAGUGCCUGGCAGAAAACAGAAGUAUUUACUUGAACAGAAGAAUUUACUCACAAAAAUGCAAAAGACCCUCGGCCCGUUAGGAAUGCUCCACGGGUGCAUGGAGAAUAAAAUCCGGGUUAGGGUCUACACCAGGAACGCGCGGGGAAUAAGAGGACACGUGGAGGCAUACGUAGUCGCCUUCGACAAGCAUUGGAACCUCGCGCUGGAGGAUUGUUUCGAGGUCUGGUCCCGCAAAGUCAAGAGAAAAGCGCCCGCUCUUGGUGCUGAUGCAGUCAAAGUAGAGCUGUCAGAAAACGACGUCCCUACGGCUACGAUGGUGACGAAGAUCGAGGGAAAGACGGAGACCUUGGAGAGACACGUGCCGCAGAUGCUGCUGAGGGGAGAACAGAUCGCCAUAAUCGUCAAAAUCAAUUGACUAACGCUAUCGCCUUAAGGGCUGUCCACAACUACGGUGCCACGUGCGUUAACUUACACACCCAAUUGUAUAUGGUCUCUUCCUGUUACUCGUACUGUUAUUUAUUGUAAUGGGAUUUUACACAAUUUAUUAUUGUGAUAAAUGUUUUAGUGUCUAUAAAUAUUUGAAAUCUAUUUGUAUAAGAUUCUUCGCAAAAGUCGAUUUUUUCGAAUACAUUGUGUACCUCAGAAUACAUUAAUCGAAUAAUGAAAUUCAUCCAAUUACGCGGCUCUAUAACGCCGAGAUCGUGAUCUACAUAACCGGAAUACUCCAUUCAUUUUUCCUUCUCCCCAACAAUACGUUUAAAUAAUAAAUAUAUUUUGAACGAAAA